CCGCGUCCUCGACUGCUAGAAAUGUUCUAAUUUCUGCAUCAACAAAUCGUACAACUCGUCUUAGCCAGACAACAUCUAUCAAUGUCGUUGCAAGGACUCAUCUCUGGUUCCGAGUGUGCUCUACCGGCAAAUCCACUAUCGCAGGUUCUGAAGCACACUGAAGGAGAUCGGAGCUUGCAGCAGGACAGGGUCGCUGGGCCGUCAUCAUCUCGCCUUCAUCACCUUCCCGCCUCUUCUUCCAGCGCAUCGGAACAUCAGAUUGCUCUUGCUCGCGCCUUUUUCGACGGUAGCCAACAGAGUCUUCAGGCCGGUCCAUCAGUGCCUCGGUUCCGUAUCCCACCUCCAGAGCUUUCACAUAUACCGAGUGCCAAUGCUUCACCUGCGCUGCACCGAUCGUGGGUGGACAUGGAGAAGGGUCAGGGAGGCAUAGAACAUAUAAGAACUGAGGGUGCAUGGGCUGCUGAGUUUGGGCUCCACGCUCAGAAUCAUGCCGCAGGUCCUUCUAUGCAGCAGCAAAGUGGUGGCCUGCGAUCAGAAUUCGAACAGCGCUCUUAUAUGUCGAAUGGCAUGUAUGGUGGUCCCAGCCAGCUGGGCAUGUACGGCAUGAACUAUGGCACCAUGUACAACGAAUUCCCCGGAUACGGUCUUGGCACUCCUCCUGUCAUGGAGCAAGACAAGGGGAAGGGGAAGAGCAGAGAGGUAGACUUUGAUGCUGCCUUUGCUGAGGCCACCGCAUCGCUGUCUUCCAUGAAUGUAGGCGAAGAGCGGACAGUUUCGGUAACGGAAGUGCCAGAAACUAGGACCGAGGAACAGGCAAAGGGCAAAGUCGGAGACACGGAGACAAAAGAGUUCGACUCGGAUUUCCGCUCGUACUGGGAUUCGCUCUCCAGCUCGGACGUCGCACCUGCGCCUGAGGAUUUGGCCAAGUGGGAAGCAGAGUUCAACCAGCUGAUGAACUCGCAAAGGGACGAGUCGGAUGUGUUCGACUACGGUGAGAGCAUGCAGAAGGCUUGGGAAAGUGGGUUGGGAGAUUUUGGUGACGACUCUCGUGUGGAAUCGGUCAAAUUUGACGACGAUGGGUUGCCUAUUUUCGCUGAUUUCCCCUUCGAACAAGACAAUAAGUAUCUCGGGCCAUCAACGUCCGACCGGUCCCUCUUAGACGAAGCUAAAGCUCUGCUCGCGCAGAACGGCUCUUUGUCAGAAGCCUCGCUGAUGCUGGAAGCUGCUAUUCAGAAGGGGGAGCUUGGAGAAGGCGGGUAUGAGGCAUGGAUUCUUCUAGGCGAAACGAGAAAUAUGGAUGAGCGGGAGGAGACCGGUAUGCGAGCUUUAGCAGAGGGUGUGAAACGUGCGCAGGAGGUGGGAGCAGCACCUGCAGGGAUGCUUUCCCUGGCCAUCUCGUAUACCAAUGAAUCAUACGACCGUGCCGCUCAUACGAUGCUGCUCCGGUGGUUAGAAGCUCGGUUCCCGUCUCUCCCAAUCCCGGAAGAGACCUUACAGUCGAUCAAGAACUCUUCUUGGGACUCGCACCAAAGGAUCACGGAUCUGUUCCUGCAAGUCGCGCGGAGCCAGCACGCGGAAGGCACUGUGGAUCCUGAUGUCCAAAUUGGACUGGGGGUGAUGUUCUACACGAAGGGGGACUUUGAGAGAGCAAAGGAUUGUUUCGAGUCGGCAUUGAACAUGCGGCCGGAAGACUACUUACUAUGGAAUCGUUUGGGAUCCUGUUUGUCUAACGGAAAUAAACCUGAGGAAGCCUUGGGUGCUUACAGAGAGGCGUUGUCUCUCCGUCCGACGUACACUCGAGCCAUUUACAACGUCGGCGUCGCCUGUCUCAACAUUGGGGCACACAAGGAAGCUGUCGAGCAUUUCCUCAGCGCACUCGCGAUGCAAGACUCAUCGGGUGCCGAGAAGAGUGAGCAGUUGUGGUUUACACUCCGUCGCGCCUUCAUUGCUAUGGGCCGGUCCGAUCUUGCUGAGCAGGCGAAGAGUCGUCCCAAGGUGGAUGCGUUCAGGAAUGCUGGUUUUGAUUUCUAGAUGGUCAUAAUAAAUAAUGCAUCUGACUUCAAGUUGGAGACUCUGCGUAGGACAAUGCGAUCGCGUUAUGUGCUUAAUUUCAUGGGUC